AUUUUUCCUUCCGUUGGUAGACAAGAUUCUGCACUUCAAAUUCCAUAUACAAAAUUUUAAAUUCUGGGAAUAGCAAUGCGAAUUACUUAUCAUCUUAUCAUGAAGUAUGUAAUCUUCUUUUUGCAGGAAUGUCAGAUGGAGUUUAAGGUUCGUGUCAGGCAGCAAAACGAUCACGGUUCUUCUAAUCCCUCCUUUCUGUCCCCUCUUUUGCCAAUGCCAUCGCCCCCAUCGAGGAUUCUUUUCCCGUACUCUGCUCUCUUUUGUCUCUCUAACAAAUAUUCUUCUUGUUUCCUGCAAUUACAGAGUACAUACAGACUCCUCUCUGGCCAUGGACGACACCGUUUUUGCCCUAAUUCAUCACCAAUCCAUUUCAAAUCCUCCUCUCACCCCUUCCCCACAAAACCCCACAAAACCCUCAAAACCCACUUGGUUUUCGCUUCAAUCUGGUCUUCUCCUUCGCUGUUCCUCCUCCAUUGACUUUUCUCCUUGCCCCUUUCGGCCAGAAUUGAUGUGGGUCAUGGCCACUAUUCUUUGUUCUUCUACUUCAGACAAUUAAUGCUUCAUAUUCAGAUUGAUUGAGCAACUUUGGAUGCCAGUUUAAGAGGCGAACAGGCUAUUGAAAGAAAUUAUGGAGAAGACUGAUUCGGCUUCUCUAUUCCUUGAUCUUGUGCGAACCGAGAAAUCUUUGGAGGUGAUCAAGUACUUGACGUGGGCAGAGCUUUUGAUUGCUUUGAAGCAAUGUCAAGAGUUACCUCCAUUGACAAACUCAUCAAUUGUGCUCAAGAAAUCCAUGGAUUUGCUUAGCCAAAAGAUCGUUUUGGCCGAUGGAGUGAGUUCAUCUGCCUGCUCUGAUGAUAGUUCCAGAUUUCGGUUAUCUUGUGACAGCAAAAGCACGGAAAGCUUAAAGACAAAUUUUGCUUCCACAACUUGGUGGUUUGAGGAUCUCUUGUUUUUGAGCUCUGAAUCUGUUGAAAUGUUUGUACAAUCCAUGAUCUCACACGAGUUCGACCAAGUUCUUUUAAGUAAAUUCCUCAUUCAUUUCCAGAAAUCUAAGUUCCUUACUGCAACUGCAGAUGAUAAGAGGAAAGUAAUAGAAUCUGUCAUUAAUAUGCUCGACACUCUCAAGGAAGAUGUGCUUUCCUUGAAGGUUCUAUUCGACAUUCUACGCAUUUCAUUAGGCUUGAACAUAAAUAAAGGCAGCAGGAAUAGGCUGGAGGCCAUGAUUGGUUCAAAGUUGGGUCAUGCUACACUAGACAAUUUGCUUGUUCCUUCUCCCUGUGGGGCAAAUUACUUGUAUGAUGUCAACCUUGUUCUGAGACUAUUCAAGGCAUUUUUAUCAGGAGAAUCCAACCAAGCAUCUCCAUCUCAAUUAGGUAAAGCUGCUAGCUUGAUGGAUUCAUACAUGGCCGAGGUAGCCCCCGACCCGUGUCUUAAGUCGUCAAAGUUCCUUGCUCUUGCAAUAGCCGUUCCAGACUCCGCCAGGACGUCCUAUGACGAAAUGUACUAUGCCAUAGACCUCUACUUUGAGAUGCAUACAGGAAUGUCAGAAGAGGAAAAGGAGAAAAUAUGUUCUGCAUUAAACAACAAGAAGCUCUCCUACGAAGUUUGCAUACAUUUCUUCAAGAACCCGAAAUUUCCAUCGAAAUCUUCUCCGCCUAGCCCGGAAAGUCAGCAACCAGAGGCCGAAAUCUUACUUCAAAACAUCAACUACUCAAAAUCCCUGAUCAACUGGCCUCACAAUCUCACAGAAGCCAUAAACACGAGUCAAAAAGAAGACAAAAUAUCAGAACAAAUCGUGCUGUACCAUGGAAAAUUUGAUCUUCCUGCUGAUAACGAGAAAAUAAAAGUUCAGUUGGAAGGAAUGCAAUGGAGAGUGGUGGAAUUAGAGAAACUGUGCAGAAAAAUGCAGACCCAAAUGAGAAAGAUGUUGAAGUCUAGAGUGGGUUCAAGCCAUUGCCAAGUGAAAUCCUUGCCUAAGCUAUGUUCAUAGGUAGAUUUUGAAUAAUGUAUAGUAAAAAAUCCUUCUUCUCUUCUCUUCUCUUCUUCUGCUUGUUGCAGCUUUCUCUUCCUGUGUUUAGCAGAUUGUUGACUUUGGUUGUAAAGUAAGAAAAGGGAAGAUGAAGGCUUUAACCAAAGCCAAUUAUUCUCGUGAAUUAUUGGUGUAAAGUUUAUGUUGUGAAGGAGAUUGAAAGUUGAAGGAAGAGUCUUUUUCGCAGUCA